AUGGCUGGUGCCCGGCCCCAGAGCCCAGGGUGGGAGGUGGUGGUGGGGAGUGCCUGCAUGGGACCUGGUGGGAGCAAGGCUUUGGGCAACGGAUGGAAUAACUGGUACAAAUCAUGCAUGUAUGAGACUAGUGAUAUGCCUCCAUUGGUAGAAGCAUUGAUGUCAGGCGUAGAGUCAAUGGUGUGCAGCUUUUUCAGUUGUGUGACAUCUUUGGUUAAGAGUCUUGAUUGUUGUGAUGCUGAAAACAAUGAAGUUGUGGAGGUGGAGAGGACAGCGCUGCCUGGUCUCCAGCUAGGGGUGACUGGGGCUAGGCCCAGGGAUGGACUGCAAGCUCUGCGCCACUCUGUUCGCCCAGACCUGGCCAUGCUGAAGGGGAGCUCUGUUCGAGUCAGAGUCCUCACUGUGGCUAGUGCUGACAUGGGGGGCAGCAAAGGACACUACAGAUACCACUGGCAGAGCCACAAUGUCAAGCACAGUGGAGUGGAUGACAUGGUCCUUCUUUCCAAAAUCACAGAGGAUUCCAUAGUGGAGAACCUAAAGAAACGAUACAUGGAUGAUUACAUUUUUACAUAUAUUGGCUCUGUAUUAAUCUCUGUGAAUCCUUUCAAGCAAAUGCCAUAUUUUGGGGAAAAGGAAAUUGAAAUGUACCAAGGAGCAGCACAAUAUGAAAACCCACCACAUAUUUAUGCUCUUGCAGACAGCAUGUACAGAAACAUGAUUAUUGACAGAGAAAAUCAGUGUGUCAUUAUUAGUGGGGAAAGUGGUGCUGGAAAGACUGUAGCUGCUAAAUAUAUCAUGAGUUAUAUCUCCAAAAUUUCAGGAGGUGGCCCUAAAGUACAGCAUGUUAAAGAUAUUAUUCUACAGUCCAACCCUUUACUGGAGGCCUUUGGGAAUGCAAAAACUGUACGGAACAACAACUCCAGCAGAUUUGGGAAAUACUUUGAGAUCCAGUUUAGCCCAGGUGGAGAACCAGAUGGAGGGAAAAUCUCCAACUUCCUACUGGAAAAAUCUCGAGUGGUAAUGAGGAAUCCUGGAGAGAGGAGUUUUCACAUUUUUUACCAGCUAAUUGAAGGGGCCUCCUCAGAACAAAAAAGCAGUCUUGGCAUUACCAGUAUGGACUACUAUUACUAUCUGAGUCUCUCUGGCUCCUACAAAGUUGAUGACAUCAAUGACAAAUCAGAUUUCCAAGAAACACUGCAUGCAAUGAGUGUGAUUGGGAUCUUUGCAGAGGAACAGGCAUUGGUGCUGCAGAUAGUGGCAGGAAUUCUGCACUUGGGAAACAUCAGCUUCAAAGAAGUUGGCAACUAUGCAGGAGUGGAGAGUGAGGAGUUUUUGGCUUUCCCUGCUUUUCUCCUGGGAAUUAACCAGGAUCGCCUAAAGGAGAAACUGACCAGCAGACAGAUGGACAGCAAGUGGGGAGGCAAAUCUGAGUCCAUUAAUGUAACGCUAAACGUGGAACAAGCCUGCUACACCAGGGAUGCACUGGCCAAGGCCCUUCAUUCCCGUGUUUUUGAUUACUUGGUGGAUUCUAUUAAUAAGGCUAUGGAGAAGGACCAUGAAGAAUAUAACAUUGGUGUCCUUGAUAUUUAUGGCUUUGAAAUAUUCCAGAAAAAUGGUUUUGAACAGUUCUGCAUCAACUUCGUUAAUGAAAAGCUACAGCAGAUUUUUAUUGAACUGACACUGAAGGCAGAACAGGAAGAAUACGUGCAAGAAGGAAUUAGGUGGACACCAAUAGAUUACUUUAACAACAAAAUAGUGUGUGACCUCAUAGAGAACAAAGUGAAUCCCCCAGGGAUUAUGAGCAUUUUAGAUGAUGUGUGUGCCACCAUGCAUGCAGUGGGAGAAGGAGCUGACCAAACACUGCUUCAAAAACUCCAGAUGCAGAUUGGGACUCAUGAACAUUUCAACAGUUGGAACCAGGGAUUUAUCAUUCAUCAUUACGCUGGAAAGGUAUCUUAUGAUAUGGAUGGAUUCUGCGAGAGAAAUCGGGAUGUUCUUUUCAUGGACUUGAUUGAACUCAUGCAGAGCAGUGAUUUGCCCUUUAUAAAGGCUCUGUUUCCUGAAAAUCUUCAAGUGGACAAGAAGGGCCGUCCUACCACUGCAGGCAGUAAAAUCAAAAAACAAGCAAAUGACCUUGUUGGCACCCUGAUGAAGUGUACACCCCAUUACAUCCGCUGCAUCAAACCAAAUGAAACAAAGAAGUCUCGAGACUGGGAGGAGAGCAGGGUAAAACAUCAAGUGGAAUACUUAGGUCUGAAAGAAAAUAUUCGAGUAAGAAGAGCCGGCUAUGCCUACAGGCGGGUUUUCAAGAAGUUUCUGCAGAGGUACGCCAUUCUGACCAAAGCAACCUGGCCUUCCUGGAAAGGAGAAGAGAAACAAGGAGUUCUCCACCUGCUUCAGUCAGUGAACAUGGAUUCCGACCAAUACCAGCUUGGGAAAUCCAAAGUCUUCAUCAAAGCUCCAGAGUCUCUAUUUUUGUUAGAAGAGAUGAGAGAGAGGAAAUAUGAUGGGUAUGCCAGGGCCAUCCAGAAGGCAUGGAGGAAGUACGUGGCCAGGAAAAAAUACGUGCAGAUGAGAGAAGAAGCAUCAGAUCUAUUGCUGAACAAGAAAGAGAGAAGACGAAACAGCAUUAACAGAAAUUUUGUGGGAGAUUACAUAGGCAUGGAGGACCAUCCAGAGCUACGCCAGUUUGUGGGCAAACGGGAGAAGAUUGAUUUUGCAGACACUGUAACUAAGUAUGAUAGACGGUUCAAGAGCGUGAAGCGAGAUCUUGUCCUCACUCCAAAGUGCAUAUACCUGAUUGGGCGUGAAAAGAUAAAGCAAGGUCCAGAGAAGGGCCAAGUGAAGGAAGUCUUAAAGCGAAGGAUGGAAGUGGAGAGAAUUCUUUCCGUUUCUCUAAGCACAAUGCAGGAUGACAUUUUCAUUCUGCAUGAACAGGAAUAUGAUAGUUUGCUUGAAUCAGUCUUUAAAACUGAGUUCUUGAGCCUCUUAUCAAAACGAUACGAAGAGAAAACACAAAGAAAACUACCUCUGAAAUUUAGCAAUACACUUGAAGUGAAGCUGAAGAAGGAGAGCUGGGGGCCCUGGAGCAGUGCUGGUUCUCGACAAGUGCAAUUUAUGCAAGGCCAGGGAGAUAUAGCCAUUCUCAAGCCAAGUAAUAAAGUGCUGCAGAUCAGCAUCGGACCAGGGCUACCAAAGAACUCCCGUCCCACUAGACGGAACGUUACCCAAAGUAGAGGAUAUUCCAACAGGUCUCAAAGUCAGACUUACCCUAUGAGAGCUGCCCCGCCUCCUCCUGGUCAGCAGCAAAAUGGAGUAAUAAAUCCCCCAGAGUUUGUACCACUUCCCCAUGGCCCAGGAAAUCAACGGGCCAAUCAGAAAAACCUGUAUACAAAUAUGACACGACCAACUUUACCACGGCAACUGUCAGGAGGAUCAGGCAAGAUUUCACAGCAACCAGAAAGCUUGGAUUUCCUGAAAGUACCUGACCAAGGAGCAGCCGGGGUUCGCAGGCAGACAACAAACCGACCCCCACCAGCCGGAGGAAGGCCUAAACCGCAGCCCAAACCUAAGCCUCAGGUCCCACAGUGCAGAGCACUGUACGCAUAUGAUGCUCAGGACACAGAUGAACUCAGCUUUAAUGCCAAUGACGUGAUUGAUAUAAUUAAAGAAGAUCCUUCUGGCUGGUGGACAGGAAGACUACGAGGGAAACAAGGGCUGUUUCCCAACAAUUAUGUUACGAAGAUAUAA